UGAUGCAUGGGGAGGGCAAUUCUAGCGCACCGUGAUCGUCAGACUCAAGAGUUGCUAUUUCAGGCAAGUUCAGCAGUGGAGCGCCUGAUAUGGAUUGAAGGAUGGCAGACGGGGGCCUUCUUACGCCACCUGUUUUCGAUGGGAAUCAGAAUGUUGCUGGAACGGGAAAGUGGAUCAGAGGAUUUUUUCGCGUUGCUAUGUUCGGUAAUGCAGGGUGGCGAAGACGAGUCAAGAAUCCGGGGAGUGCAAGGUUUGUAUAGUUUUGGAUUGUGGAAAGGAGGCAAAGGGUAUCUCGUUGUUCCAGGUCGAAAUUACAACACCGUACGCCAUAGCCCGCAUCUAAAAUCUGUACAUGUGAAGGCGAGCUCAAAACAUCUCAUCCAACCCACUCUCAUCUAGCAUACUCCCCCCUCUCCUCUGCGCUAUGUCCUCUCUCAUCUUGCCUCUGAACGUGUCCUCGAAGCUCAUCCUAUACCCUUCUUCUUCGCUGACAAGCUGUUGCUCCGCCAGCAGACUAUCAUCCAG